AAGCUGACUCGGUUUCACAGCAUGUUUUUAUCUAAGCUGUCUACAGUGUAACGUCAAGGGGGAAUUAAAUAAAUGCGUUAAUUCACGGUCGGUGAAAGCACUAGUUUUAAUACUGGAAUAUCGUGGAAGAAACAUACGUUUUACCAUUUAGGGACCGAAAUGAGGCAAGAAACCACUCAAUAGUUUUGAAGUUCACCACAUAAUCCUAUACAGUAACAAUGGCUGGUAGGCUAAAGCAGGCCUUAAACCUAAACUUGCAGAACUACCGCCAUACCAAUGAAAAAAGAGCUACAGUAGCAGGUUGGCCAUCCCUUAGCGCUAUAAUGUAAGGGGAAUGGGAGGGGGCUAGUAGAGUUAAAGCCCGUUAGGUCCCGCCUUCCUUACCCAAGCAGUGGAGAGAGAAGGAGGGAUCAGGCUGCGCCAUUACCGCCCAGCUCUGUCUGUCCGGGGGGAGGAGGCGGAAAAAGUGGGUGGGGAUUCGGCCAGCGGCAGAGAAAAAUAAUAAUAAAAUACAAUUUUCCACAUCGGACAGGGUGACAGAAAUACUAAGUACUAUAAAAUAAUUAAGGUCUGCUACAGCAUUGGGAGAGGAGGGAGCAAGAAGUGGCCUCCGCCAUCACCGGGACAAGAAGCAAGAGGUCGCCUGAUCAGACAGAGGAGGAAAUGGCAAGUGAAGGAGGAAAAGCAAGUGAAUCUGAGAAUAAAAAAAAAGGCAAAGCAUCUGGUUCACAGGACUCACAGCCUUCUCCUCUGGCCUUGCUAGCAGCAACUUGCAGUAAAAUAGGAACAACUGGGGAAAAUCAAGGCGCAGGACAGCAGCAGAUCAUUAUAGAUCCUAGCCAAGGUCUUGUUCAACUUCAGAACCAACCCCAGCAGUUAGAACUGGUGACCACUCAGCUGGCUGGCAGUGCAUGGCAAAUUGUUGCAGCAGCUCCUCCUGUUUCAAAAGAAAAUAACAUCACACAGCAAGGAGUAGCCAUUGCUGCUAGCACAGCAGCCUCUUCUAGCAUUAACAGUGAAAAUGCAUCUCCCACAAAAAGCAAACCUAGCAACGCAGCCACUGCCCCUGGGCAGUUCCAAGUCAUCCAGGUACAAACACCUGGUGGUAAUGUGCAAUAUCAGGUUAUUCCUCAAAUUCAGACAGUGGAAGGGCAACAUAUACAGAUUAGCCCUGGAAAUACCACUGCACUACAAGAUUUACAAGGUCAGAUACAGUUUAUUCCUGCUGGAAACAAUCAAGCUAUUAUUACUGCUGGUAACCGAACAGCAUCUGGAAAUAUAAUUGCACAGAAUUUAGCAAAUCAAACUGUUCCAGUGCAGAUUCGUCCAGGCGUUUCUAUACCAUUACAGCUGCAAACUAUCCCUGGUGCUCCAGCUCAAGUAGUGACAACCUUGCCCAUAAACAUCGGAGGAGUGACUCUUGCUCUUCCUGUGAUAAACAGUAUGCCUGCUGGAGGUGGUUCAGCACAGAUUGUUCAGCCUACUGAUGGUGGAGUUUCCAAUGGAAAUCAGCUUUUGUCCACACCCAUCACAACUUCCUCUGUCAGUACCAUGCCAGAAUCUCCCUCCUCCUCUUCUUCUUCAACCUGCACAACCACAGUAUCAGCAACUUUGACAAGCAGUGAUACCCUUGUCAGCUCUGCUGAAACAAACCAAUAUACAAGCACAUCAGCAAGUGCUGAACGUAACACAGAAGAAUCCCCAUCCUCUGUUACAGAUGGGGAAGCCCAGAGCAGUAAUCAGCUUCAGUCAAAUGGAUUACAGAAUAUGUCCGAACAGUCAAACUCUUUGCAGCAGGUGCAGAUUGUGGGUCAGCCAGUUUUACAGCAGAUCCAGAUCCAGCAGCCUCAGCAACAAAUCAUACAAGCCAUACCACAGCAGUCUUUUCAACUUCAAUCAGGACAGACAAUCCAGACACUUCAACAGCAGCAGCUACAAAAUGUUCAGCUUCAGGCUUUAAGUCCAACCCAGGUGCUGAUAAGGGCCCCAACAUUAACACCAUCAGGGCAGAUAAGUUGGCAGACUGUUCAGGUUCAAAAUAUUCAAAGUCUUCAAAACUUACAGGUCCAAAACCCUGGACUACCGCAGCAGUUAACAUUAACCCCAGUGUCUACAAGCAGUGGCACAACAAUAGCACAGAUUGCACCAGUUACAGUGGCAGGUACACCUAUCACUCUCAAUGCUGCUCAUUUUACAUCUGUCCCUAAUUUGCAGACUGUAAGUGUAGCAAACCUUGGUGCUGCAGGUGUUCAAGUGCAAGGAGUUCCAGUAACAAUUACAAGUGUUGGAGGACAGCAACAAGGUGCUGAGGGAGUAAAAGUACAACAAGCUACCAUAGCUCCUGUGACUGUAGCAGUGGGGGGCAUUGCGAAUGCUACUAUUGGCGCAGUCAGUCCAGACCAGUUAACACAAGUGCAACUUCAGCAAUCACAACCAUCUUCAGAUCAAGAGGUGCAGACUGGAAAGAGGUUAAGAAGAGUUGCAUGUUCUUGUCCUAACUGUAGAGAAGGAGAGGGGAGAGGUAACAGUGAACCUGGAAAAAAGAAACAACACAUCUGCCAUAUUGAGAAUUGUGGCAAGGUCUAUGGGAAGACCUCUCACCUCCGAGCUCAUCUACGUUGGCACACUGGGGAAAGACCUUUUGUUUGCAAUUGGAUAUUCUGUGGCAAAAGGUUUACAAGAAGUGAUGAAUUACAAAGGCACAGAAGGACUCACACAGGUGAAAAAAGAUUUGAAUGCCCUGAAUGCUCAAAGAGAUUUAUGAGGAGCGACCACCUUUCAAAACAUGUAAAAACCCAUCAGAAUAAGAAGGGUGGUGGAACUGCACUGGCAAUUGUCACUUCCGGAGAUCUGGACUCAUCUGUCACUGGUGUUCUAGGUUCACCAAGAAUCGUCACAGUUGCAGCUAUAUCCCAAGAUUCAAAUCCAGCAACCCCAAAUGUUUCAACAAACAUUGAUGAAUUCUGAAAGGUUCCAACAGAGACUGAGUCUGCUGUAUGUAAUUUACAGAGUUGUAAGAUGUUCUACAGAGUAGAUUCCUGGGGUAAAAUCAUGUUCUAACCUUUUUUUCUUAUUCCAAAAUCAGGUUAACAUGAAGAUAUAAAAAGCUGUGAACUAUACCCUUUUCCUGGUCCUGGGCAAUAUUCAUAAAAUGUAUACAUUUAACAUGUAUAACCCACUGAGCAUAUCUCGAUUUUUUUUUUUUAUCUUCCUGGAGACAAAAAUAUAAUUCAGACAGUCCAUGUCAAAUCUAACAAAUGACAUACAAAGUCCUUCUUUGUAAAAACGGCCUUAACAUAUUAUAUUGUUUGUAGAAAACAUAAUCUACAAAUGUCUUGACAAAUAAAUAAUUUUUAUAUAGAGACAUGUUAUUUUAAUUUACCAUUUGGAUAGUAUAAGGAAAUUAUUUGUAAAAAUAUGCAAAUUGCAUAUAAUUUCAUACCACCAGGAAGAUUAUAUUUACAGUGAGUCCCAUUACUCCUUAAGACUAUGUACAUAUGAAUAUAUAAAUAUAGCUCUUUUCAAAUGAAAGUUUUUGCAAAUGGAACUUUGCAAAGUCUCACACAUUUGAAGUGCUGCAGUCAAGUCUUUCCACAUUCCGCUUUGAUUUUUAUUUGAAUUUGCCUCCUUCAUAAAUUUAGUAUUUUCUGCUGUGUGUAGAUUUCAAAUAAAUUAAGGGGUGUAAUAGUAGGCAUUGGCUUUUUAUGAGAAGGUGUGUUCUCAGCUAUUUUCAUGAAUCACAAUAGUUGCUGAUAUGACAAAGAGCAAGCCAGUGAGAGAAAACAUAUUCUUUACUAUCUUUGGCUGUAUAAAUACUAAAAGCACAACAAAAGGCAUAUUAUUAAUGUUAAACUUGUUUCCCUCAAAAACUAGUCAAACCAGUGUUUUGUUUUCACAGAAUCUAAUGAUUAAAUUAUUCUCAAUAGAUUUUGCAUAUAACGCUCCCCUUGGGCCAUGUUCUCACAAGCUACAAACAGAGCAGACUUUCUUAAUGCAUUUGGUGCACACAGCAUCUUCCAUUUCACUGGAGAAAAAUUUUUCCCUUGUGUUUUAGAUGCUGUUUCUAUAUAUGUAAAACAGCAGAUGAAAAAAAAAUCUUAAAUUUUAAUAUUCUGUGAUCUUGAUCAAAACCUUAAACUUAUUCCUAUGGUUGCUGGUUAACUGGUUAACUUUUAGCCCUAUGAUAUUGUUUACACAAAUGGUAGUUGUUGUAAUAUUCUUCUCAAGUGGCAUAUUGUAAACUAGGCCAAGAAAGGCUACAGCUGCAGAUUUGUAAAAGAAAAUUCAUUCAGUGUGAACAGGGUUAUUAAGUAUCAGGUCUGACAUUGUGUGAAAUAUGCUUUUUCUAGUUCAGCAAAAUCUGAGCAGUUCUAUCAUGUGCGAGCAAGGCUUUAGAGAGUGGCAUUAUAUAGGUCCUCCUGGUAAUGAAGAUGUUCAUGUUUUUUUGGCUAAGUUUAAGUAGUCAUUAUAAAUAUUUUUUUGAAUAUGGAAGGGAGUGUGUGCGUGUAUUGAGUAUAAAUGCAUUUUAUUGUUUUAAUUGUUAAUACAAUGUCCUUCUAAAAAUGUAUAUUGUAUUUAUCAUUUAUGGAACAGAUAGUUGUUGGGCUUCUUAGAUUUUGUUUGUUUCAUAAGUGACUGCCAAUUCAUUUUUUUUAUUCAAAAUGAUUUCUUUAUAAUGUUCAUUUUAAGACAGUGGAGUUAUUUUUAUUCAGAGGUGCUCAGUGAUCUCAUCCACCAUUGGGCUGUCUCAUUCAAGAAUCAAUAUUAUUGCAUGGAGGAUUCAUAGUUCUGUGUGUGUAUACAUUAUGGGACACUGUAUAAACAAGUCAUCCUUUCAAGUUUAUAGUAAUUGGAUGUGUAUGUGUGUAAAUAUUUAUGUAUAUAUAUGUAUACAGAUAGACAUUAUCUGCUUAAUUAUGAAGUCUAUUUUUGAGCACUUGCUUUAGAUUGUUAUUUCUAGAAAUAGUGUGAACCUUGAUAUAGUUGAAUGUAUGUUUGUUUGCUUUAUACAGUGGCUCUAUCAUAAAAUGAAUCCCGACCUUUACAUUUCUGAUGAAAUGCUUUGGCCUGUCUGCAUGUCCAGUAGUUUUUUUUUUGUAUAUUUGAUUUAUUUAUUUUCACGUGUGAUACUUUGUAAGAAUAGCUGUUAAAUAGCAGCCAAGACAUGUUUUAACCACAGUGAAAUAAAUCAGUUUGUUCAGUAACUCAUGGUCCAUUUGCGGUAAAGGGCUGCACUACCCACACAUUGAAAACUAAGGAAAUUGUCUUCAUGUCACCAAUGGCAUCAUCCCAUACAUGGAGUACCAGACCACCUUCCCCCCUGAUUAUUUGUCAUGGCAUUAUAAUUACCAGGGUGGAACAUCUAUAACUUGACAAAUGUUAGGGAGAAAGAAAGCAAAUGGAAAAUAUAUACAGUCAAUUCUUAAUGUUUCCAUGUGGCAUUUGUAGAGGAAAAAUUAAAUCUAAUGCCAUAGUGCUCUUUAGGUCCACCCUAACACAUGGGACAAUUCCUUUCUCCACCUGUCAUCUUUCAGAAUGCUACUGAAUGACAAUAUACCCACACUGUAUGGUGAUUAGUGGACUUUGGGCUUUCAGUAUCGCACUUAUCAUUGGAAGUUUUUGGAGCACCAAGGUCCACGUGUCACUGCAGUUACAGACAGAGAGUUACAUUUUGCCUCCAACUGUUCUCCACCUUGCACAUUGCAUUGUAAUGAUAGCAAAUCCCAGAUUCUUUUUUUAAGAAGGGCCAGUUACACCAUUAAGUGGAAAUAAACAAAGGCACUAUACUGUUAACCAGCACUUACAACAAUUGUGUCUUUGCUUAAGAGGUUUUAAGGGCUAUGGCAUAAGGGGCUUCCUAAGAGCAACUCAAAAUGACCCUAAUUGCCUGUCUCCGCUUCUCAUAGCAUGGUAAUGGCUCUGCCUAUGGCACACACUGGCAGCGGCAGGCAUCUUCAGCUUCAAACCCUAAAUUCUGCUUUUCUGAGCUACAGCUGCUUCUAGAUGCAGGGCUGUAUAACAAGCUACAUGGUGACAAAAAUGAGCCACAUGUCUCUAAUGGACAUAUAGCAUAAAAAACUCUCUUAUACAAAAUGCAACUGUUGAUGAGAAAUAUUUGUAUUUGGUGGACAUACAAAUGUAAUCUAUAAUGUAUAUAAUGUUUUUUUCAUUUGUUGGUGUGACUGGCUCUUUUAUAUCAAGUACUGAAUUGAAUGAAUUCAUCUGUGUAAUCCAGUGAGUGUGUGUUUGUUUGUACUAUUAAGAAAUCUUAGGCCUUGUGCUCUUUCAGAUAACAUGUAUUUUGCUAAUUUAGAGCACUAUGCCUGUAUAUUUAAUGAAUAAAGUACUCCCUAUUGUAAAAUAUAAGGAUAUUAUAAGUCACUAAGGAUUUCCCUAACCAUAAAAAGAGUGCUUUUAUACAGGUCAAGGAACUGACAAGAAAUGACUACUAAUAUUCUCAUAUUUUACAACAGGGGGAACAUUAUUUACUAAAAUAUACAGGUUUCAGUGAGUCAUGUGACAAAUUACAUCACUAAGCACCAAUAGUAACCAACAACAUCACUAAGCACUGUUAGUUGUAUAAGGAUAUAAUAUAGGAUAUGGCUCUUUGUUGUUUAUUAUAUCCCACCCACUGGAUUACAGAGGUACUUUCCAUGUAUGUUUGUAUGUGUCAGUGAAGAAAGAACUUACUUUGAAGGAACAAUGUGUUUAAGUAUCAGAUUGUUUGAAAUCCAACAUCAUCAUGUAGAUAAAAGUAAUUAUUAUACAUUUUGCUUUACAUUACACCUUUUCCCUUAAUUGGGCGGUAUUACCAUUUGUAUGAAAAAAGAUUGCAUCACAGUUUUUGGCCAAAAGAGGUGUAAACUGGUACUGCAUUGAAAAAGGGACAUUUUAUUUUACUUAUUGUUAACAAUAAUAUCUGAAAAGAUCCAAACUGAACCCAAUUCUUAAUUUGUUUAUGCAGAUCUGAGCCAAGUACUCCAAUGCUUUGCGUCACGUGACGUUAAUGGAGUAGUUCACCUUUAAGUUAUCUUUUAUUAUGCUAUAGAAUGGCUUAUCCCUAUCAACUUCCAGCAUCACUUGCCUACUUCUUCUGCUUUCCAAGAUUUAAAUUGGGGUUACUGUCCUUGGCAGGCAAAAAACUAUUGUUCUGUAAAGCUACAAUUUUAAUGCUAUUGUUACUUUUGUUAAUUUUCGUACUAUUUAGAGCUUCUCGUUUUUCCCCUUCAAGUUCUCCAUUCAGAGCACUAGUUGCUAGGGUACAUUGGACCUUUGGUGCAUCCCUGUUUAAAAGCAAUGGGGUAUGUGGCAUUAUGAUUGCUGGUUCCCACUUUUAGUUUUCUGGUACUUUCAAUUAGGAGAUACCUGUGGCAGACAGCAGUGUUUUGAUUGGCUUCACCAACAUCCAUAAUCUAAUUGAUACACAUCCUUUAGCUACCGUUGCUACAUAGGAGCACUGCAGAAAAAAGUAAGACUAAUUGCAAUUUGUCUAUUACUGGCAACUAUGGUUACAUCUUUUUCAGAGUCUUCCGUCUGUUCAUUGACUGUUAUGGAUCUGUUAAUAAGAGGCCUGCUUCUAGGUGGCAUAUAAAUGCAAAAUCUCUUUCUUGAGUUUAAACCAGUAGAUGUAAUAAUGCUUAUCUGGCAUUACAUAAAUGUGGAGUCCUACCAAUCCUAUACCACUUCUGUCAUACAUCACAAGCAAGGGUAAAAGACAGAGGUUUUCAGAACCUUUGUGUUUAGGCUUCCGUUAGCAGGUCAAAACUUGCUUAAACCCCCAGCUCGUAAUGUAGGCACUGAUAUAUAAAGGCAGUUGCUAAUAAAACAGUACAUGCAGAUUAAACUGAAAUGCACAUAUAAAUUCAAAGUUGCAGGGGCCAACUAAAGAAAUAAAUCAGUUCCAUUUUUUUUAAUCAAUAUUGCUUUCAUUAUUAGUAAUGUUACAUAUAUAGGACAUAGUGAGAUUGAUGGUGUAUUAUGUAAAUUCUGAUGAUGGCUGAUGAAAAUCCAUGUAUUCAAAAAGAGAUUUUGUCUUAUGAAUAUAGCCUGCUAGUCCCUUGCUUUUGCCAGGCAGGUAACUGGAUCUGUAAGGUUUGUUAUGUGCAAUUUAACUUUCAAGCUGUCUGUGUUCUUUGUAAAAGGUUAAUUAAAGUAUAUUAACAUGUUUUGUUAGUGGGGCAUAAAUGUGCUUUAUUUUUUAUUAUUUCAUUCAUUUCACAUGCCACUGUUUGAUAAAAAUGCAUUGGUGUAAUUGUCUAUGUGUGUUUAUCAAGAUAGCAUUUCAGUGUUAGAUUCAUUUUCCUUAAACUAUAUAUUCCUGUAGUAGACUAGUGGACAUUCUGCACAUUGCAUUAGAAGUUUAAACUGUCACCUUUCUGACAUAGUAGAAUGAGAGUUAACGUGUGACAUAAGAAAGCACGAUAGGUAUAACUUGUCAAUUUUAGGGCACUUUUAUUACAACAGUAUUUGUAUUUAGUUCAUUUUUAUGCCUUAUGCUAGUUUGUGCAUGUUAAGAAAAAGUAAGUCGGUAUGCACCAUAAGGUAUUCAAUUAGGCACCAUUUUGAAAAAAAAAAUAUUCUAAAUAAGUUUUGCAACAGAUCAUGUUUUUUAGUACCAACUGUACAUUUUUGAGGGAAAAAAACGAGAGGAUCGUAAAAAAUAAAUUCCUUGAAUAUUGCCAGCAUAACCUCUGAUUUAUCAUUUUUACAGUGCUGAUUUGUAUACACUUUUGUUCCUUUUUGUGGAUUUGCAAAUAAAAUUAUGUGAAACUUGUUGUUCAAA